AUGUCUCCAAUGAUAAUAAGGAAGGUAGUUCAGCCCACCAUGUCGAGAAUUUACCAGCAACUACUUCCAAUAGCGAGUCCACCAAUAUUGUGCCUGCUAGACCAGGGAUCUCAGGCUUCGUUUGUGACGGAGUCCACAGUUCAGUUGUUAGGCUUGAAACGCACAUCCAGUAAGAGAGUAAUUUCAGGUUUAGGCGGUGAUCCUAGUGCCUCUAUUAGGUGCACUUCAAUGGUUAUGAUUAAAAUUCAAUCCCGCAUAGACCCCAGCUUCCAAAUUAAUGUGGAAGCUUUUGUUAUGAAGAAACUCACUACUGUCUUACCCGAACGAAAGAUUAAAGAGCAAUCCGUUGAUUUUAUGUCGCCUAUGGCCCUUGCAGAUCCUUCUUUCAAUGUACCGAACAAGAUAGAUCUGCUUCUUGGAGCCGAAGUUUAUAGCCAGAUAUUGUUAGAAGGAAUAGUCAAGGAUCCGUCCAGUCAUGUAGUUGCUCAAAACACCAGACUGGGUUGGAUCUUAUCUGGUCAACUUAAAACAAUCAGCCAUAGCGAAACUCUCAACAACUGUCACAAUAUAGUUAGUUUGCAUUCAUUCCAUUCAAAUGAGAAUGAACUUCUUCGUAGAUUCUGGGAGUUAGAAUCAGAACCACAAACUAAUUUGAAUAAAAAACAGUUAACACCUGAUGAACAGAAAUGUGAAGAUUUAUUUUUAGCUACAACUAAGCGUGAUGAAUCAGGUCGUUAUAUAGUGCGCUUACCGUUUAAAUCUGACAAUCCAAGUUGUAAGUAUAGUGGGUCCAGGGAUAUUGCAUUGAAGCGGUUUCUCAUGUUAGAGAAACGGCUAAUGAGAAAUCCUGAUUUGAAAGCACAAUAUUCAGAAGUCAUAAACGAAUAUCUUCAAUUAAAUCAUAUGGAAAGAGUUCCCGAGGAAUGCAAAAACGAUAGUUUUGCUGUAUAUUUACCGCAUCAUGCAGUAGUACGCAAUGAUAAGACAACCACUAAAGUUCGUGUUGUGUUUGACGCAUCUUGUGCAGGAAGUAAUGGUAUUUCUUUGAAUAAUGAUCUAAUGGUAGGACCAUCCUUACAGCCCGAAUUGCGUCAUAUUAUAAUGCGUUGGCGUUGUUACAGAAUCUGUUUAACUGCUGACAUAAUAAAAAUGUACAGGCAGGUGAAGGUGGCCAAUGAAGACGCAGAUUUUCAGCGCAUUUACUGGCGAGAGAAUCCAGAUGCUGAACUUCAGCAUCUCCGUCAUUUGAGAGUGACAUUUGGUACUUCUUCCGCUCCCUACCUAGCCGUUCGGUCGCUUCAACAGUUAGCUUAUGAUGAGGGUUCAGAUUUUCCAUUGAUAAAGGAUAAAGUGUUGUCUGAAUUUUACAUGGAUGAUCUUAUGUCUGGAUGUGAAAGUACUGAAGAUGGCUUAGAAAUCUACAAACAAUUGACAGAAAUGUUAAGGCGUGGUGGGUUCCAACUUCAGAUGUGGUCAAGUAACAGUUCUAGCCUAAUGAAUUUAAUAAAGGAAGGUCAAGAUGUGAACAAUGUUAGAGAAAUCAAACUAGAUGAAGUUGCAAAAAUUUUAGGAUUAACAUGGAAUAAAGUAACUGAUGAAUUUGAAUAUACUGUCAACCUUCCUCCGCUGGAAACCCCAGUAACAAAACGUAAGGUUAUCUCGGAUAUAGCCCGACUGUUUGAUCCCCUUGGUUUUUUGGCUCCAGUCAUAACGACUGCCAAGAUCUUUAUACAGCGGUUGUGGUUAUGUGGCAUUGGAUGGGAUGAAGAACUGCCAGCUUCUUUGCUUAUAGACUGGUUGGAGUAUCGAAAGGAUCUUUGUAACCUUACCAACUUUCAUAUACCUCGUUGGAUUGAAAGUAGUAGCGACGAUCAAAUCAUGGAAUUGCACGGGUUUUCAGAUGCAUCCAAUUUAGCGUACGCCGCUGUAGUUUAUGCACGAGUUGUAGAUAGUGAGGGCAAUGUUCACACUAAUUUAGUAGCUUCUAAAACAAAAAUUGCUCCUAUUAAGACGCUAUCUAUUCCUCGUUUGGAAUUGUGUGGAGCUGUGUUAUGUGCGAAGCUUCUUCAUGAAGUUGCUGCUGUUCUGAAAAUUCCUAAGCAUUAUAUUCACGCAUGGACCGAUUCUUCCGUUGUUUUGGCCUGGUUGGGGAGUCACCCAAGUCGAUGGAAGACGUUCAUCGCAAAUAGAGUGUCGGAAAUACUUACCUUAAUGGAAGGAGCACAGUGGUCAUAUGUAGCAUCUAAAGAUAACCCCGCUGAUUGCGCGUCUCGCGGUGUUAAACCAUCAGUUUGUGAAGAAUUACAGCUCUGGAAAAAGGGACCCAGUUGGCUGCAAAAUAAAAACAUAGAAUAUAAAAUUAGGAAUAUAGAAGACACUAAAUUAGAAGAAAGAAAAACUACAUUAAAAUGCUUUAUGCUUACCGAAAGGGACGAAGAUUUGUUGUCAAGAAUUUCCAAACUAAAUAAAUUAAUCAGAGCUGGUUUUACAGUCACGCCGCUAGACGCGCCGUUGGACAGCGCGCUGUUGGACAGCGCGCGUUUGAACAGCGGUGCACCAAAAAACGACAUUAGUACGGCGCGUUUCGCUGCUGUGAGACAGUCGUGUACAAACAGAUACAAAAUGAACGGCAAUGCGAAUUCUACAAAGCUGACAUUAGGUAAGAAAGGUAAAGCAAAGAAUACGGAUGAGGAAUUCUGUGGUUGGACAGAGUCUGACAAACUGGAGGCUUUGGUGUCACUGCAUAUGUUGGUCCAGCAGCCACUUUCACGUCUGUGGGACCCACCACUAGCUGAAGACAACUUUAAUGGUAGCUUAUCCAUGUUAUAA